ACUUUUUUCCCUAGGACUUGACCCCUGGCACAGCAGUCAGAAAAAGAUUGAAUUGAAGAGAGGCCGGCAGUCGGCAGGAGAGUUUGUGUGUGGGCCACACCUGGAAUCAAUUAGAAUUAGAACAGACAGAGAAGAAUUAGAUUUUAUUACAGAAUUAGAUUUGGUCAUACCCCCAUCAUGACUUCAUCAAAGCCUGCAUUGAAGAGAAAGAUUGAUGACGAGCACAGACAAUUUCAGGAAAAGUGGGAGACGCAGUAUUUCUUUGUUGAGCACAGGGGCAUCCCCACAUGUCUUGUUUGCACAGAGAAAGUUGCAGUGCACAAGGAAUACAACUUGAAACACCAUUAUUCAACUAAACAUGCUGAGGAAUGUGCAAAAUAUCAGGGGGAUGAGAGAGCCAAGCGAGUUGCCAGUCUUAAAGCAUGUCUACUGAGGCAACAAGAUUUCUUCAAGAAAUCAACCAAAGAGAAUGUUGCAUCAGUCGCAGCUAGUUACAUGGUUAGUGAGAUGAUUGCUAAGGCAGGGAAACCAUUCACAGAAGGAGAGUUUGUUUAAAAAAUGCAUGUUACAGGCUGCAAGUAUUAUCUGUCCGGAAAAGAAAGGUCAGUUUAGCAACCUCAGUCUUUCUGCCAACACUGUGGCAGAGCGCAUUUCUGACAUGUCAAGUGACAUUUAUCAUCAACUGUGUGAGAAAGCCAAAUGUUUUGAUGCAUACGACGUCGCUCUUGACGAGAGCACAGACAUAACAGACACUGCUCAGCUCACAAUUUAUGUCCGUGGUGUUGAUUGCAAUUUUGAAUUGACGGAGGAGCUGCUCACAAUAAUUCCAAUGCAUGGCCAGACCACCGCUAAUGAGAUAUUUCGUCAUCUGUGUGAUACCCUUAAGAAUGCAGGUUUGCCAUGGAAGAGGUUAGUUGGAAUAACAACCGACGGAGCGCCAUCGAUGAUAGGGAGGAAAAAUGGACUGGUGGCACUUGUUAAAAAAAAACUUCAAGAGGAGGGUGUAGAGGAGGCCACUGCUCUUCACUGCAUUAUCCAUCAGCAGGCCCUUUGCAGCAAAUGCCUGCCGUGUGACAAUGUGAUGUCUGUUGUUUUGAAAUGCGUAAACCUAAUCAGAUCCAGGCGAUUAAAGCACAGGAGUUUCCGUGCUUUUUUAGAGGAAAUGGAGUCAGAAUAUGGAGAUGUGCUCUAUUUCACCGAGGUACGUUGGCUCAGCAGGGGAAAUGUCCUGAAAAGAUUUUUUGAGUUGAGAGAAGAAGUGAAAGCCUUCAUGGAGAAGGAUGGGAAGGCUGUUUCUGAGUUGAGUGAUCACAAAUGGCUUAUGGACUUAGCUUUUCUUGUUGACAUCACACAUAAGCUGAAUAUACUAAACAAGAUGUUACAAGGCCAGGGGCAGCUCGUCAGCGCUGCCUAUGACAAUGUGAGAGCAUUCUCCACAAAACUUGUGUUAUGGAAAUCCCAGCUCUCUCAGACAAACCUUUGCCAUUUCCCAGCAUGCAAGGCACUUGUGGAUGCAGGCAUACCAUUCAGUGGUGAGAAAUAUGUUGAUGCUAUUUUUAAGCUAGAGAAGGAAUUUGAUCACAGAUUUGCAGACUUCAAAACGCACAGAGCCACUUUCCAAAUUUUUGUGGACCCCUUUUCCUCCUGUGCUUCAAAUGGAGCUCAUUGACCUGCAAUGCAACUCUGAUCUCAAAGUCAAGUUCAGGGAGAUGAGUGAAAAAGCAGACAUGCAUGGGCAAUUUUCGAGAGAAUUGCCACCCAGCUUCCCU